GGAUACAGACAAAGUUACCUACAAAUUUAUGAAAGAAAGUGUUUUAGAGGCAAAAUACCCGGGUAAGAGGGUAGUUUUUGUCAAAGACAUGUCGUAUGCCAUCACCUGGAAACUACAAAUGUUGCCUAAAGGAUAUCGACAUGCAUUCUUGAUUCGACAUCCUGCAAAAGUAUUUUCAUCUAUAAAGAAAUGUUACAGCAACCUUUCAAAUGAAUGUACUCCUGGUAGAGAUUUAAUACUGGAGAAGAAUGAUGGCACUCUUGUCCCUGAAAAAUACGGAUUUGGUGAAAGUUUACAACUUUACGAGCAUCUUAUCAAAACAGGAAUCGAUCCUGAUCCAUUGAUCGUAGACACUGAUGAUCUUCUGGAAAAUCCUGAGCUGAUUUUGAAGCAGUUCUGUGAACGCACAUGUGUUCAGUAUACAGAUAAAUUAUUGCAAUGGAAUGCUGGAGACGGUGUUGUACAAGAAUGGAAGGUAUCGAAGGUGCUUUUACAAGGAAACCAACUAUUAGGUUAUUAUCAAAAUGCAUUUGAUAGUCAGCAUUUCCACAAGCCUAAUCCAGCUCCUAGUCGAUCCGAGUUACCAGACGAUGUCAACACUUGCAUUGACGGAGCACUGCCGUAUUACGAAAAAAUGUACGCUCUCCGACUGGGGGCUGAAAAGAUCAAUUAAUGGAAAGUUUGAUUUUAUGAAAUAAUAUGAAUGUUUUGCUUAAAUCCCUUUCGAUUAGAAGGUAUUAAGUAAAAAAUAACGACAAUAUCUAUCCGUUCCGCAACCUUUACAAUAUGGCAAUGCAUAUAUCCGGUUUGUUUUUUUUUGCAACUUCUAAAGCCCACGUCCCAUAUGGCAAUGACUAGUGCGUUCUGCAAUGUUUUAUCAUAGGACUCAAAGCCAAUUGACAUUGCCUAUGAGUUCAGCAACAUAUCACAGCCCACGACAUAAAUCCAAGAACUUUUAACUUUACCAGGAUAGUAAUUGUGUAGUUUUAUCAUAUCAAGUGCACCAAUCAUAGAAUCAGCUCUGCAGACUAAGUGCAAGAGUAGACCAGCAAGCUUUCUUUCCUGGUACUGUACAUUUACAAGUCCUUAAUAAAUCCAAUCGACAAGGUAUGCGCUUCAUAACCUUUUACUGCACGACCAACAUUCAAAUGUUUGUAACCCAAUAGACCUCAGACUAAAUUCAUCACCAUAAUGUCUUGGUGACAUUAUUGAAUUAGGUGUUAUUUUUGUGUUUGAGUGAUUCCGUCACGAAAUAAUAUUUACUAUAGUAAAAUAAACAUUAUUCGAUUUUGAUCUUAGGUUGGGGAACUUUUUGACCUCAUGUGACAUAAUUUACCAUGCCGUUACAUUGUUCUUUAUACCAAAUAUCAUAGGGUUGUACUAUUUUACUCUGUAUUACUAAUAACAAAAAAAAUAUAUUAAGACGAUUACAAUUCGUGAGCAUAAAUGUUACCCCCUACCCCAUAUCAAUAAAUGCAUUAAAUUGACACGCCUAUACUCAGUUA